AUGGCGGCUCCGCGGCUCCGCUGGCUGCUGGGGGCGCUGCUGGCCGUGGCGGCCGCCCCGUCGCCGCCCUGCCCGCCGACGUGCGAGCCGGAGCGCUGCCCCGGGCGUUCGGCGCUGGCCUGCUCGGCGGCCGGCGGGGAGCUGCGGCCCGACCGCUGCGGCUGCUGCUGGGAGUGCGCGGGCGGGGAAGGGCAGCCGUGCGCCCCGGGCGGGCGCUGCGCCCGCGGACUCGCCUGCCGGAGGCCGCCGGGCGGAGGCGGCGCGCGCGGCACCUGCUCGUGCGCCGAGUCCCCGCUGGCCGUGUGCGGCAGCGACGGGCUCACGUACCGGAGCCUGUGCCACCUGCGCGCUGAGAACCAGCAGGCCGGCCGUCGGAGGGAGCUGCCUGUCAUCGCCGUCCAGAAGGGCGGCUGCGGAGAAAAAGGUCUUGUGGACCCCAACAGUCUGCGGUACAAGUUCAACUUUAUUGCUGACGUGGUGGAGAAGAUUGCUCCUGCCGUCGUGCACUUGGAACUCUUCCGCAGGUCACCUUACACAAACAAAGAAGUCCUGGUAUCCAGCGGUUCGGGCUUCAUUGUGUCCGAGGAUGGCCUGAUCCUCACCAACGCCCAUGUUCUCACCAACAAGCAUAGGAUCAAAGUGGAGCUCCAGAAUGGCCACCAGUUUGAUGCCAAGGUGAAAGAUGUUGACCACAAACUGGACAUCGCCCUGAUCAAAAUAGACCCCCAGAUGGCCCUCCCAGUCCUCCUGCUGGGCAAGUCCUCUGAGCUGCGUCCUGGGGAGUUUGUGGUGGCUCUGGGCAGCCCUUUCUCCCUGCAAAACACUGUGACAACGGGAAUUGUGAGCAGCACGCAGAGAGAUGGGAAGGAGCUUGGCCUUAAGGACUCCGACAUGGAAUACAUCCAGACUGACGCCAUUAUAAAUUACGGAAAUUCUGGAGGGCCAUUGGUAAACCUGGAUGGUGAAGUCAUUGGAAUGAACACCCUGAAGGUCACAGCCGGCAUCUCCUUUGCCAUCCCCUCUGAUCGAAUCCGCCAGUUCCUGGAAGAUUAUCACAAUCGCUACAUGAAAGGGAAGAUCAGACCCAAGAAAAAAUACCUGGGACUCCGAAUGCUCCCUCUCACUUUCAAUCUCAUCCGUGAACUGAGACGGCGGGACAGGGAUUUCCCAGACCUGAGCUCGGGUGUCUACGUCUACGAAGUGAUUCAAGGAACAGCAGCUGCAAGUGCUGGCUUGCAAGAUGGUGAUGUCAUUAUAGCAAUUAAUGGGAAAACAGUCACUUCAACCCGAGAUGUAACAGACACUGUUCAAAACAGUGACACCCUCUCCAUUGUUGUACGGCGAGGAAGCGAAGAUCUCAUUGUGACAGUUACACCUGAUGAAAUUGAUUAAAAAAAGGUGCCCUCUGCAGAAAAAGUUUGUGUUGAAAUCCUAAAUUGCUGUAUACUCUUAUCAGAAACAGUUUAGGAAAGAACUGUACAAAGUGGAAACAUACUUGUAGCUCUUAGUUUUCCAGUAUGAACAAAUCAAAUAUUUCAAAUAGAAAAUGGACAAACCAUUUUCUUUCUUUUUUAAAAAAAUACUCAUUUAAGUGAGACAAAACAGUUAAGCAGGGGGUAGGAAUUCCUUUCAAUCACAGAUCUCUGUAGGCUGAAGGUCACCUUGUGCAAUGCCCCUACUACACACAAACAGAGAUUUAACUCGACAUCCCGUUUUCUAGUGGGCCAACUGAAGAGCUGAAGGUGUGCCAAAUGUUGGAGGCUGCUUGCAAUACAAGAAUUAAGUUUAAUACAGACCUAUCCAGGUGCAGGGCUAGCAGGUGC